AGCUCCAGCGCAUGCGCAUUGGAACUCUAACUAACUGUGUUGACAUGUCUGCCGCUGGGGUUUAAUGAUUAUUUUUGCGGGUUUAGGUGUCAGACUGUCUGUCCUCCUCCGCCACCAGGCCUGAUGGAAAACCCCAGAGACCUGGUGGAGCGUACGUCAAGGAAGCGGCGGGACUCUUUUGGGAUGCUGGACGGUCUGGAGGAGGACCGGAGCAGCUGCAGCACUGAGUCCAGCGGGGGGAGCGGGGCCUCCAGCCCCGAGGACAGCGAGGAUGAAGAGUUAGGAGGGGGAGGAGGGGUGACUCACCUCACCCCUUCCUCCUCCUCAUUGACGCUCAUCAAGACGAAUGGACAGGUGUACACUUACCCUGACGGCAAGGCAGGCAUGGCCACCUGUGAGAUGUGUGGGAUGGUCGGGGUCAGAGAUGCUUUCUACAGUAAAACCAAACGUUUCUGCAGCGUCUCCUGCUCCAGAAGUUACUCCUCCAACUCCAAGAAGGCCAGCAUCCUUGCCAGGCUGCAGGGGAAGCCUCCCACUAAGAAAGCCAAGGUUCUUCAGAAGCAGCCUCUGAUGACCAAGCUGGCCGCUUACGCUCAGCAUCAAGCCAGCCAGCAGAGCGGCGUCAAAAAGAGCGUAACUGUGGAGGUGUUCGACUGGGGUCGUUACCUUGGAGACGGAGAAGUGAUGGGAGCACCAGUCAGCUGCUUCAAACACGUCCCUAUGGGGAAGUCAUGGAACAACAUCAGCGAAGGCGUUCGAGUCGAGGUCCCGAACACGGACAGCAGUCUGCCCAUGAAGGUCUACUGGAUCGCUGGCAUCAUCAAACUGGCUGGAUUUAAGGCCCUGCUGCGGUACGAGGGGUUCGACAGCGACCCCACCAGAGAUUUCUGGUUGAACCUGUGCGUGCCGGACAUCCACCCGGUCGGCUGGUGCGCCGCCGGUGGGAAACCUCUGGUCCCCCCUCAGACCAUCCUGCACAGGUUCACCAACUGGAAAACCUUCCUGAUCAACAGACUGACUGGUUCCAAAACUUUGCCCCAAGACUUCUCCUCCAAGGUGCAGGAGAGCAUGCAGUUUCCCUUUAAGAAGCAGAUGAGGGUGGAGGUGGUAGAUAAGUAUCACCUGUGUCGGACCCGGGUGGCUCUGGUUGAACAGGUUAUCGGCGGCCGUCUGCGGCUCGUGUACGAGGAGUGUGACGACGGCACGGACGACUUCUGGUGUCACAUGUACAGUCCUCUGAUCCACAGCAUCGGCUGGUCUCGAUCCAUCGGGCACCGGUUCAAGCGAUCCGAUGUGUCCAAGAAGCUGGAUGGUCUUAUGGAUGCACCUGGACAGCUGUUUGUCAAGGUGAAGGAGGUGGAUCAGAGCGGCCGCUGGUUUGAAGACGGGAUGAAGCUGGAAGCCAUCGACCCUCUGAACCUGUCCGCCAUCUGUGUGGCCACAGUGAGGAAGGUCCUGGCAGACGGAUACCUGAUGAUCGGCAUCGACGGCUCGGAGGCGGCCGACGGCUCUGACUGGUUCUGCUAUCACUCCACGUCUCCCUCCAUCUUCCCCGCUGGCUUCUGUGACAUCAAUAACAUCGAGCUGACGCCCCCGAGAGGUUACACCUGUCUUCCUUUUCGAUGGUUCGAGUAUCUGAAAGAGAGCAAGUCUGUGGCAGCUCCAGUCAAUCUCUUCAACAAGGACGUCCCGAACCACGGCUUCCGUCCCGGCAUGAAGCUGGAGGCCGUCGACCUCAUGGAGCCCCGCCUCGUCUGCGUCGCCACGGUGACGCGCAUCGUCCACCGGCUGCUGCGGAUCCACUUCGACGGCUGGGAGGACGAGUACGACCAGUGGGUGGACUGCGAGUCGCCCGACCUGUACCCGGUCGGCUGGUGUCAGCUGACUGGGUACCAGCUGCAGCCCCCAGCUCUUAACGCAGGCUCCAGAGAGCUACAGUCAGCAGCGUCCAAACAGAGGAAGAAAUCCCAACAGUAUAAAGGGCAGAAGAAAAAGAGGAAGUUGCCCAUCGCUAAGCGACCUGUCAGUCUUUCCGGCGCCGUGGUGACGGGCGUUCCCAGGAGCCUAUCAGGGGACGAGAACGAGACUCCGCCCGAUUACCCGUCACCCCCUCCUCCGGCCUCAGCAGCCCAGCCGCCGUCUGUCGAGUCAGAGGUCAGUCCUCUCACAGAGGGGACGUCAGCAGGUCCACAGAUCAAAAUGGAAAGCACUGGAAGGACGGAGGUGUCGUGUCAAAGGACUGAAACCGAAACCAACGGAUCUUCUGGAGAUCCAAACCAGAAGUAGGCCUCGUCCGCCCACCUCUCUGUCUUUACCUCUCCCUCUUGAACAGUACUGACGAAUUCAGAUCAUUCAGCAGCUUCCCUCCUCCGUCCUCCCCCUCCACCCGUCUCUCUUUUCUCUUCAAAGAACAAAACAAACUCUGCCGAAGAGGAAUCAGACGAAAAACAGAGCAGAAAAAAAGAAAAAACAUACGAUUUUCCUUGAAGCCAAGCUCUCUGGUUGUUUGUAGUACGUGUUAAUGUCCAAGGGUCAGACUUGAUGCUGUGUAAUGUCUCGUUGAGAUUCAUUUAAAAACACUGUGUGUUAAUAUAUAUGUGCGUGCGUGUGUGUGUAUGCUGGAUUGAUCAAGUGUCGCCACGGAGUGAAAAACCAGCAAACGUGUUAGCGCCUCCUGAACCACGUUGAAGGCUUCAGAUACAAAAAAACAAAAAAAAGAAAGAAAGAAAAAGACUUGAGCGAAGCUGAAGUUUAGACAAUCGACAGUUCAUCGAUACCUUUGGUUGAAAGCUCAAAAGCAGACGAAGAGAGAGAAACUCUGACUGGAACUGCAAUAAAAUGAAAACAAUAGCACCGAAGUAGAAGCUUAGUCUGAACCUGGAGAGAAUCAUUCUACUUUAUAUUUACCUGUUGUGUUUCCAUGAAUGUGUCCACCUCUCACCACUUAUCAGGAUGAAAAAGCAGCUUCGUUAACGGUGUGAGAGGUCUGUGGUUUGUUUCCACGAUAGAGUUCCUGAGUAACUUUCUGUUGCAGUGGUCACAAAGAACCAGACAUGUUUUCCCGACUGACUGGUCUCCAUUGAUACAGUGGUUCUGCUGCUGUGGAGCGUCACAUUUGCAGGAAAUAUAACAGAAGAAGAAGAAGAAGAAUCUCUUUGUUGAUAUUUAUUGAAUAUAUUCAAUAGAAGAAAAUGAUCAAGAUGGAGCCGAUGUUUUCAAAUUUGCCGCUCAGGUGGAUUCCCGCUUCAGCUUUUUACUACUUUGCUACCUCCAGCUUCUGUCCCUUUUGGGAACUCGUCUCCUGAUGUUUCCUCCACACGGUUCAGUCUUUUCAGAUUGAGGUGGAUCAGAGGAAGACAAGUGUCCGUUAAAGAUGCAGACUCAUAAAUUCUAUCUCCAGGACAGUGGAGCUGGAUCUCCACCAGGAUCCAGACUUCCUGUCUCCAUUUACUCCUUGAAAUGACAUUUGAAGGUUCACAGGUUCACAGCUUUAUGUUUAACCGCUGAGUUUCUACAAAGUUAGACAUGGAAACAGACCAGCGGGACGUUACCAUGACAGGUAGAGACACGUUAAUGGAAACACAGCAGGUUUAAAUACUCCAGGAUAAUCCUUUAAUCUGAAUUCACUCUUUGAACUGAACAUGUCUUUGAUGCUCUUUUAACAGUUCACAGGUCGAAAUGGUAAAAAUCUCCUCUCACACUGUUGAUACCUCAACGAAAAACUAUAGAAAAAGAAUGAAAAGGAUCUUUAGAUGAAUUUGACGAAACCGAUUAUUUCAGAAAUUAUUUAAAAAAAAAUAGUCUAAUGAAGAUGCUAACGUUAUAAAAAGAAAGUGUAAUUUUACUGAACAGAUGUGCAACUGAAGUAUAUGUAGCAAAAGCAACAGUAUUAUUAUACAAACAGGUUUUUAUGAAACAAAGUAAACGGUAUGACGGAUGGACGAGAGAAGUCACGUCCAACCUCCUCAACUAUAAUAAUCAAAAAAUGUGACUAAUACUAUUUUUACAUAAACGUACAACGACUAAAUCCAGAGGCCAAUAAUGAUGCUAUAUUAAUCUUAAAUAUGGAAGCCAGAGUCUGCAAAGAAAAUAAAAUGAAAGUGUAGAUGAAAUAAAAAUAUUCAAAUGUCUUAUUUAUCAUAACCGUGACAGAAGAUAAUAAUUAACGUAGUUUCACCUUGGUAUGAGAUUUUGACUGUAUUACUCAGAACAAAUUUUCAACAGUAAUAAUUAUUGUAUCAUAAAGUCAAAGUUUUGACUUUAUGAUACUAUCUUGUCAAACGUUCUGUUUGACAUUCCAAAAAUGCAAAAAUAUGUAUAAACUCAUUGUGCUCAGUAAGUACUUGUUGUUAAUUCUUAAUAUCAUAUAGUUAUAUAGUCGCCACAUUUCUACUCAAUAACGCGAAAGUUUGACUCAUUAUUUUUUCCAUCAUUUUUAACCGAAAACAUUUAGCAUUAACGUUUCAUUAACGUCUACGCAGAGCAAGCUCUUGACUAAUCUUACAACCCUAAGUCUUUGCGUUUCUUUCCUGAGAGAAAAGGGCUUCUACUUCUAAAGACGACACACAAGUCGAGUGGUGCAGUGUCCAACGUGAAAAACUCGAGGAUGUGUUCCGAAUAAAACGCGCGAGCGCCCUGAACUCGUAGCUUGUUUUCUAAAACGUCGCUCCCGUUACUGCUGUCGGUACGCCGUCCGUUCAUGUUUGUCGUCUUUUUGUAUGUGAACUGUCUUCGUAUUUUGGUGCUACCUGUAGAUGAUAUGGACGUCAAGUUUGAUAAAGUUUUUAUGGAACCAUUUUGACAAACUGUCUGUGACUCCGGUGACGAAGUUGAAAUUUGUAUUUGUGCCAGAUUUUGUAAACUAAGGAAAUGACUGAAGUGUGAAGGUGAAAGCUGCGAAAAUCCUUGGUUGGUCCGUUUUCCUCGUGAGUUCGUGGUGUUAAUAUCUCAGUGUGUCCACAGUGGGGAAACGGGUCUUUUUGCAGGAGGUUUUGAAUGAGGACGUCUUGAGAUAUGAAGUCUUGGACAUCUGGAUCCAGUUUCAUGAUCAGUCCCGGCCUGCAUGCCUUUACAAUACAAACAUCCAUCCACUGGUUGUUUUCACAGACUUUGUAUGUAUGUAGUCGGUUUUGAAGACGACUACGACUGCAAACGUUCUUCAGAAAGAAUCAUUUUCAGGAAGUUACACAUCAGCCACGGUUCUUCUCUGGUUCUUUUCAGAUGAGGAAAAUAAUGUUUACUCUGUAUUUCCUUCAUUUCAAUUAAGACUUUUCAGUUUGGAUUAAAAAAAAAUGGAUUUAAAAAAAAAAUUGAAUGUUUGUGUCCCACACUGAAGACCUUUCUGUCAGUGCUGUAAAUGUCCACUGUGUCCAUGUGGCGUUCACUGAUCAAAACAAAUGUCUGACAGAGGAAAUGUUGUGUACUUUUGUGAAGCUUUUUUUUUUUUUUUUUUUAAAUACAUGUGCAAUUUGUUGGCAGCAUGAUUGUGAAGAAAUAAUUUAGAUGGGAAAUAAAAAGACUUACUUUACAUUUUUAAGCAAUA